AUGUUAUGCUUGACCGCGGUGCAAUCCAACUUCUCCCGAUUUACCCCAAGUUCAUCAGAAGAGUUCACGAGUGCUUCCCGUAGUGUCAAACCCGGGUUAGUGUGCUGUGGCAUUGUCAGCGCCUGGACAUGGAGCGCCACUCUCCUUCAGUCUAGCACUGCAGCUUAUACAUUUGGUAUGGAUCACAGCAUGUGGUACGGUGCAGGCGGUUCUAUCCAAGUAGCCAUGUUUGGAAUGGUAGCUGCCAAAGUCAAGAUGAACGCAAAUGGCGCUCACACAUUCUUGGAGAUCGUCAAAGUUCGCUUCGGUACCGCAGCCCAUAUCGUGUUUACCAUAUAUGCGUUCAUCUGCGUCCUUGUUGUAUGCGGAUCUCUCUUGGUGGGAGGCGCGGCUACUGUGAACGCCCUCACCGGUAUGAACACACUUGCUGCGUAUUUUCUGUUGCCGAUUGGCAUCGCGGUGUAUGUCGUAUUCGGUGGAUUGCGUGCCACCUUUAUCUGUGACUGGACGCAUACCAUUAUUCUAUUCGCCAUCAUUUACAUCUUCAUCUUCCGUGCAUACGGGACAUCGUCGGAAAUCGGCAGCGUGGCUCGAAUGUAUGAGCUGCUCACACAAGCCGCAAUUGAUGUGCCUGUCCCCGGCAAUGCAAAUGGAAGUUAUAUGACCAUGAAGUCGAAUCAGGGUCUCGUGUUUGGAGCGUCAGCGUUGCUGUCAGGAUUCGCGGGCGUGUUUUGUGAUCAGGGUACUCACCCCAGUGGCACAACUAAAGCCUAUAUGCUCGGCGGUCUCUCUUGGUUCGCCGUUCCUUGGGCUUUCGGAUCGUGCCUCGGUCUGAGUGCCCGGGCGCUUCAAACCAAUCCACUGUUUCCAACAUACCCAUUCCCUCUGUCACCGCAGCAAACAAGUGCAGGGCUCGCUGCACCGGCUGCGGCUGCAGUGCUGAUGGGAAAGGGCGGAGCUGUGGCGCUUUUAUUGGUGGUUUUCAUGGCCGUAACAUCUGCUGCUAGCGCGGAGCUCAUCGCGGUGUCGAGUAUUGUCAUCUAUCGUACCUACUGGAAUCCACAUGCGACGGGGGCGGAGAUUGUUCGUGUUUCACACUACGCGAUCGGUGCAUGGGCUAUUUGGAUGGGGUGCUGGGCGACCAUAGUAAAUUCUUUUUUUCGGUCACUAUCGGAAGUGAACAUCGACCUAGGUUGGGUGAGAACGAUUCCUAGCAUUUAUCAUUAUUCCAUUGGGAUUAAACCGAAUUGCCCCAGAUGUACUAUGGGAAUUGUGCUUAGUCCCGCAGUCAUACCUAUCAUCCUCACGGUAUGGUGGUCGAAACUAACGCGGACCGGGCUUUUAUGUGGGUCUAUCAUGGGGGCAAUUCUCGGAAUGCUGGCAUGGAUGAUCGGGUGUUGGAAGAUCAAUGGAAAGGGCAUUCUCGGUUCCAUCACCAUCGCAAACCUCGCAUUGCCAAUAUCCGCUGUAUGCAGUGGUCUUACCGGGUUUAUGUUCUCGGGGCUCAUUACCGUCUUCGUGUCUCUGUUGAAACCUGAUAAUUACGAUUUCGAAGGGACCAGAGCUAUAGCAAUGCUGGAUAGUCCGGAGAACAGUGACCCCGAUUCGGACGUGGCAUCCGCUGAGAAGCGUGAAAAAUUGACGCCAGAUUUCGAAGCAGGACCUAGUACUACGGAUCAAGGAGCCCAAGAAGACCCCCUAGACCACGAAACCCUGCAGAGGGUGUUCAGGCGAGCAGCAUGGUAUUCAUCAGCAAUGUCCGCAAUUGUCAUCCUCAUCGUCCCGUUAUCCAUGUUUUUCACAAACUACGUGUUCAGCGAGCGGUUUUACACAUUUUGGGUGACGUGUUCUAUCGUGUGGGUUUUCUUGAGCGGGACGUUCAGCGUUGUUCUUCCCGUGCUGGAAUCGUGGAGGGAGAUGGCUGCGAUCUUGAAGAGACUUGGGGGGCUUGUGUCCACGAAAUUGUACAUAAAAUCGUGA